AUUUGGGGCGGUGCUGCGCGGUGGGCGGUCUUUCGGUUGGCCAAUCGGAGUGCACGGUGCUGGAAAGGCCCAGGUGCUUGGGGCCGGGAGUGGAGAAGUGGCCGAGCCCUAGUGUGGAGCCGCCUCAGCUGGAGAGGGGCUCGGCCCUGGACAUGCCGGUCCGUACUGAGUCCAACAGCGUGGCCUCCGGAUACUCAACCCUCAUUCCUCCUCCUCCCAUCAACACCCAGCAGCCCGGGGUCGCCACCACCCUCCUGUACAGCGGCUCCAAGUUCCGGGGCCACCAGAAGAGCAAAGGCAACUCGUAUGAUGUGGAAGUCGUGCUGCAGCAUGUGGAUAUGGAGAACGCCUAUCUGUGUGGAUACUUGAAGAUAAAAGGCCUUACAGAGGAGUACCCAACCCUCACAACUUUCUUCGAAGGGGAGAUCAUUAGUAAAAAACACCCAUUCCUGACCAGAAAGUGGGAUGCGGAUGAAGACGUGGAUCGGAAACACUGGGGGAAGUUUCAGGCCUUCUAUCAGUAUGCAAAAUCCUUCAAUUCCGACGACUUCGACUAUGAUGAGCUGAAGGUCGGAGAUUACGUCUUCAUGAGGUGGAAGGAGCAGUUCUUAGUCCCAGAUCACACAAUUAAAGAUAUCAGCGGAGCUUCCUUUGCCGGCUUCUAUUACAUCUGCUUCCAAAAAUCCGCAUCAUCCAUAGAGGGCUACUACUACCAUCGCAGCUCCGAGUGGUAUCAGUCCUUGAACCUGACCCACAUCCCUGAACACAGCACCCCCAUCUAUGAAUUCCGGUGACACAGGAGAUCUCACAGGCAGAAUCGGAGGAGCCAGAAACCUGCUACUUCUUUCCUCUUUAGCCCCGCGGACUCCGAGACGAAUACACGAGCCACCAGCGAUCUCGCUCUCCACACGCCGACCUUUUUAUUUGAUUUUUUUUUUUUUUUAAAGUAAACUACACGCUCUACUUUUUUUCUUCUUCUCUCCCACUCUUUAUUCUAUGUUGGUAUAUUAUUUAGCCUACCUACCCACCCAUCCUGCUGAGAGUAUGCCUGGGCCAAUGAGAGCUCGGGAUGAGAAAGAUUGACCUGAUUGGACUACGCUGGCUGGACUUUAUGGCCAUGUUGUUCUCUCUUGCUCCUAGUGGUGCAGAUACGUAACUCUUGCCUGACUGACACUCGCUCUGGCCAAUCGAUGUGCUUCAUCAUCGUACAACCGCUCGUACGCAGGUAACACUCCAUUCACACGGGCGGAGGAUUUCUCUUUUCCCGUCUCAUGAAAUCAUAAGCCACCCUAGCAGCGAGAAUAUUCUCUGUGCUCCAAUCAGGGGCCCCAAAGUCCAGAAAAACAAACAAAGGAAAGAGCUUCUCCGGACUGUAAAAUACAUUGCGCUGUUUUCACAUUGAAGAUGGCACAUGUCAGAUUAAUGUUUUUUUAUAUAUAUAUUAUAUUAUAAAGGAAUACACAUAUAUUUAAUCAGAAUAGAGUUCUAUGGAGUUCAGAGAUGUAUCGUUGGGUAACGCCUGGGCCACGGGAGGGACAGAACUAAUACGCUCCCUGUAAAAAUGGCCUGCAAGUGUCUGGAUCCCGAUGAUGCGUCUACACACAGGCUUGCUUUAUGGCAACGUAUAGAAGCUCGGACCGUCCAAUCAAAACGCUCACACAAUCGGACGCACCUCUGUUGCACGGCAAAGAUUUGCAGGUCGGACUAAAUGUGGGUGUUACACGGGGGUGGGAAAAAUAUGGUGUUUCUGCGCCUUGUAGCCACGGAUAAGAGGACUUUUAUUUUUACACCUUUUUGUUUGUUUCCUCGCGAUGCACAGCGCUUGCGAAAAAGUCAGAAUUUAGAGACGGCUGUGAUGUUGUUCGAUGGUUUUCUAUCCCAGACCCCCCUUUGAUUAAAAGCCAAAUAGCUGUGUGGGACGUACUAAUGUACAUGACAGUCAGUCGUUGCUUUCUGGCAAGCGGAUUUGUAAUGAGCGACCGGCUCACUGAUAUGAGAGUGGAACGAAUGUGUCAUGUGCGGUAUCAGUGUGAGGCUGGCGCCUUGGCCCCUCCUCCUCCUCCUUGGCGAGUGGAACAAAUGAGUCCUUUGCUUUUUCAGUGUGAGGCUGGUGCCUUGGCCCCUCCCACUGCAUUUGGAACAAGCCUAUCCAACUGAAUGCAUUGUCUUUAUUGGCGUGUGGAUACCCGCUUCUUUUCAUGCGUAGGGUUAAUACUCAUCCAGCUUCUCUGAGCCGUGACCCCUCCCCCCGCGCUGUCACUGCACAACCCACUAUGCGCCGGCACCUUUGCUUUGCACUAUAGAGUCUUGUGAGACGCUCUUGACUCUAAGGGGCAGAUUUAUCAAGGGUUGAAUUGAAAAUGUUAAUGGGAGAGGCGCAGGGAUCAAUUUGGAGACGUUUGCAGCCUUCCUGACAAUUGGAGAAAAAAAAUUCAAAUCAAAUUCGAGUUUUCAGUCGUUUCAAUUCGUCCAAGUAUUAAAAAUUCGAUUUUGUUAAUAAAUUUCAACUAGUCAAAUUUAUGGGAGUUUAAAAAAACAAAAAAACAACUCAAAUGAAUUCAAAAUUCGACACUUGAUAAAUGUGCCUCUAAGGGUGCCGUGUAUUGGAUUGACGUACCCCCUCCCCCAGUAAGGAUCACCUCAAUGUUGCCAUAAAAUGGGAAGCAGAUGACAGUUAGG